UCAGCGUCCCACGGUGACUGGCCGCCCAGCAAGCCCGAGCCCCUCCCGCGGGCUUCCCCUGGGCCCCGGCAUGUCUCACCCGCCUACGUCUCAGGCCUCCACCGGCGCCUCGGCUGGGAAAGAACCCCAAACGGACCGCCCGGGACGCUGCCCAGGCCCCGCAGCGUCGGGGGGCAGUGUUCCCCGGUGGGGGUGGAGGUGCGGGAACACGGUGGGACCGUGGCGGAGUCUGGUCUCCUGUGUGGGUGACGGGUGCAUCCCUGGAGGGCACACAUCUGCUGCUUUAGUUGUCGGCCUAGGCCAUGGAGGAAGGUCCUCGGAGGAGCAGCUGAGCCGCACCUACCACCUGCUGACGGCCCAGCUGAGGCAGGAUCACGCCGAGAUCCGCCUCUCCGCCUUCCAGAUUGUGGACGAGCUCUUCGCCCGCUCCCACCUGUUCAGGCUGCUGGUCGUGUCCGACUUCCAGGGGUUCCUGGAGCUCACGCUGGGCACCGACCCCCGGCAGCCCCUGCCGCCCCCCCGGGAGGCGGCCCAGAGGCUGAGGCAGGCUGCCGCCCGGGCUGUCCAGGGCUGGAGCGAGAAGUUUGGCGCGGCCUAUAAGAAGCUCGCCUUGGGCUACCACUUCCUGAGACACAGCCAGCAGGUGGAUUUUCAAGAUGUGAACGCCCGGACUCUGGCGGAGAGAAAGCGAGAGGAGGAGAAGCAGAGGCGUUUGGACAGAAUCUACCGGGAGAGGUCCGAGCAGGCCGUGCGGGAGAUGGAGGAAAUGUGCGGGGACAUCCGGGGCUGCCUCGCGGAGGUGGACAGCUGCUUCCAGCUGCUGGUGCCCUUUGACCUGGGGCCGCACCGGGGGCCCGUCUCGCCUGCCAUAGCCUCUGGUGCACCCGAGGAGGGCCCCCCUCGCCCAGCCAGUGCCCCAGGCCUCGGGGACGAGGAGCAGCCCUGCUGCAGCAAGAGCCUGCCUGCCUGUGUGCGCCGCCCAGUGGCCACCACGGGGGCCUCCUCGGAGGACGAGGAGGAAGACGGGGACAGCGACCAGGAGGACUUUGUGCGGAGCCACGGGCUGGGCUCCCACAAGUACACGCUGGCCGUGGAGCUCUCCUCAGACAGCCUCAGGGUGCAGGAGAACGAGGACAAUUGUGCUGUCAUCCAGUCGGCCCGCGACGCGCUCAAGCUCAUCCAGAACAAGUUCCUGCCGGCUGUGUGCGCCUGGGUCCGGCUGUUCACCCGCGCAGGUACACGUGGCCAGCACUUGGAGGCCGCCAUCGACUUGAAGGCUGAACUGGAAACCGCCCUGCGGAGAUCCCAGGAACUAGACAUUGAGCCCGAGGGGCCUGGCAGGAGGCAGACCGCGGCCCUGGGGGACGAGGACGAGGACGAGGACGAUGGCGACUUCGUGGAGGUCCCGGAGAAGGAGGGGUACGAGGCCUGUGUCCCUGAACACCUGUGGCCUGAGGACGGGUUAGAGAAAGACCUGGCUGCGCAGGAGAGGAAGAGGAGGAGGACGGACGAGGAGGCGAGCGACCCCACCUCUGCUGCCGCCCAGCUCCAUCGGCUCCGGGGCCACUUGCCCCCAGCCCCGUGCCCGAGCCCCAGGGCACCGCUGGGACCGGAGGAAGCCGGGAGGCUGGCGGCAGAGCGGGCCCGGGCGCCCGUGGUGCCCUUCGGGGUGGACCUGUGCAACUGGGGCCAGGAGCAGCUUGCGGCCGGAAAGGUCCUCAAGGUCGAGUCUCAGCACCGCUUCUGGAAGCCCAGCGAGGUGGACGAGGAGGUGGACAGCGCCGAGGUCUCGGAGGUGCUGCGGAGCCGCCGCAUCACCUUCGCGGGGAGCUUCGAGCCCGUGCAGCACCGGUGCCGGGCCCCCAGGCCCGACGGCCGGCUCUGUGAGCGCCAGGACCGGCUGAAGUGCCCGUUCCAUGGCAAGAUCGUUCCCAGAGACGACACGGGGCGGCCCCUGCGCCCGGAGGACAGGGCCCAGGAGCAGAGGCAGCAGCUGCAGAGGCAGGCCGGGCGCUCAGACUGGCAGGAUCCCGAGUUUAUGAGAGAUGUGGAGGCGGCCACGGGGGUGGACCUUGGCUCGUCCAGGGCUGGCAGGAGAGGCAAAGGCAAGAAGAGGAGGCACCCAGGCCUCACCGACCUGAAGCAGCAGGCAGACACCGCCCGCACACGCAUCGCCAAGAAGGUCUUCGCUAAGGCAGCCGUGCAGAGGGUGGUCACAGCCAUGAACCAGAUGGACCAGAAGAAGCACGAGAAGUUUGCCAACCAGUUUAACUACGCGCUGAGUUAGGGGGCCUGUGCUGUGGUCCCCUCUGCUCGUCAGCUCCUCUCCCUCUGCCAGGGCCCGGAGGGGAGAGCGGACAGGUCUGGGCAGUGGCCUCCGUCUCCAUGAUUGUGUUAAAUGUGAGGAAAUGGUGCCUAUUCUGAUUAAAAUGUGAGGCUGUGGAUGCUCCUUGGCCACGGGGGCCACCACCAUCUGGGUUAUGGGUCUGUCCUGCCUAAGAGGCCCUGGGCGCACAGGCUCACCUCGGGCAGCUGUGUCCAGCGGGCAUCUGGCAGGGCCCGCGCACGUCACGUGUUCAGUGGGAAGGUCUAGCAAUGAAUUCUCUCCACGUUGACUUGUCUGGGAAUGUCUUCCUUUCUCCUUCACUUCUCAGUGUGGAGAAUGUGCGUGUGACCCCCCAGCCACCUCCCAGCCCUCUGCUGGGCCAACCGCUCAGGGCCUCUAGGAAACCCCCACUUGGUGGAAAUGCUGUUUUAAUGCAAACACAAGGGAAGUGGGCACCCACCUGUCACACGGUGCGUGUCCCAUUCACCCUGCUUGGUGCCGGCUCCACGACUCACUGUGUGUGUUUAAACACUACCUAAUUGAGUGACAGCUCACGUGCCAUCUCUCUCUCUCUAAGGCAUGCGUGCAGUGGCACCAUGUAUUUCCAUGCUGAACCGCGACACCCCCCCCCACACACACACACGCACACAGUUGCAGAACUUUUCAUCACCCUGAAAGGCAGCCCAUCCCCAGGAGUGGCCACUCCCCACCCCCACCUCCAGUCCAGGCACCCUCUGAGCUACUGUCUGUCUGAAUUUCCCUGUUCUGGACCCUGCAUGGAAUGGAGCCCUGAUGGCCUAUCUGGCUCAUGACUGUGCCGUGGUCCAAGGUUCUUCCGUGUUGCAGCCAAUGCCAGAAAGUUGUUCCCCUUUUCUGCCCACAUGCUCCAUCAUAUGGGGGGCCUUUGUUUACCCACUUGCUAGCAUUGUGGAUGUUGGCACGUUUUGACUUGUGAAUAUUGCUGGGAACAUGUGCAUGUUGUGUGGACAUGUUUUCACUUCUCGUGGGCAUCUAACUAGGAGCGGAAUUGUUGGCUCACUGGGCGAGUGUUUAGCCUUCUGUGGAACUGCUGACCUGCUUUCCACGCGACUGCACCUGUGCGUCUCCCCAGCUGUGCAGGGCUCUGACUCCUCCACGUCCUCCGUGACACUUGUUAGCGUCCGUCUUUAACCACAGCCAUUCUCGUGGGUGUGAGGCUUUGGUCUGCAUUUUUCUAGUGACUGGCGAUAUUGAGCAUGUUUUUUUUUAAAUAUAUUUUUGAUUCCAGAGAGGAAGAGAGAGCGAGAGAGAGAGAGAGAAACAUCAGUGAUGAGAGAAUCAUUGAUCGGCUGCCUCCUGCACGACACCCACUGGGGAUCGAGUCUGCACCCAGGCACGUGCCCUGACCAGGAAUCGAACUGUGAACUCCUGGUUCAUAGGGCGGCGCUCAACCACUGAGCCACGCCAGCCGGGCUUGAGAAUCUUUUCAUGUGACUUUUAUACAAAUGGGAAGUUUUCACUUGUCUUACUACUAAUGCAAUGUUUUAUAGAUCUAUUUUGAUUUUCUAUUCCCUCUUGAGUCAGUUUCAGUAGUUUGUAAGAAUUUCAUCUAGGUUGUUAUUAUUUGUUGACAUAGAGUUGUUCAUAGUAUUCAUUUAUAACUUUUUAUUUCUGUGAGGUCGGAAGAAAUUAUGUUGGGAAUUUGAGCGAAAUCAUUUGGUCUGUCCCUGCCAAAGCCUUCGGGGCGGUUAUUAAAUGUCUGACCACGUCGAGCAGCUGGUUUUACGUUGAUGAUGUUGUGUGGCUCAUGAAUGAUGUCAUCAAUACCCACAGGGCCCUGGGCAGGAGAAGUUCCACCCUGCUCCAUGCUGUAGUCUUAAGUCAGAGGGAAAAGAAGAUUCAGAAACAAAUCAUACUACCUUUUAUCUGGCUCUGUGGUUGCCUUUAUCAGCGCUUGUUAUUUCUUUGUGGGGUUUGUUUCUAGGGUUUUUUUCCUUUGGCCUGAGAGAUGCCCUUUUUAUUUCUUGAAGGGAAGGUCUAACAAUGAGUUCUCUCCGUGUUUGUCUGGGAAUGUCUUAAUUUCUCCAGCCUUCACUUCUGAAGAACAGCUUUGCUGGCUGUAGAAUUCUUACUAACAGUCUUUUUAACACUUUGAAUCUGUCAUCCCAUUGGCCUCUGGCCUCAUGGACCUGAUGAGAAGCCGCUGUCACUGUCACGCAGAGCCUUGUACACGUGGCACGGCAGAGCCUUGUACACGUGAGGUGGGUUUUCCUGCUGCUUCCGAGAUGCCUGUCAGUGACGGUGUAAAUGGGAGGCACCCAGGGUGGAUCUUUGUGUGUGUGUCCUACUUGGGAUUUGUUGAGCUUCUUGGAUGUAGAAUUUGGAAGGUUUUUGACCGUUAUUUCUUGACCACACCUCACCCUCAGUCUUCCCUCCCCGUCUCCUCUCCUCGGGCUGCCAUUGUGUGGGCGACCGUUUGGUCGAUGGUGUCCACUCGUCUCUGAGGCUCUGUUUGUUCUUCUUCAGUCUUUUUUUCUGUUCCUCAGACUGGACCUGGUGGCUUAAGGUCCAGGUUCUUCCUUCUGCCAAUGAAAGUCCGAUGGUCCCUCUCGUGACUCUUCGUUUCACCGGAAGAAGGUCUUGUACUUCUCCGUGCCAGCAUUUCUGCUUGUUCUCUUCCGUGAUUUCCUCUUUCCUGGCAUUCUCUAUUUGGUGUAAUGUCAUUCUCACACUCUGAUUCUUUAGCUGUGCUUCCCUUUCUCUAAACCUAUUUGUAGUGGUUGCGUUAAAGUCUUUGUCCAGUAAGUUCAACAGCUGGGCGGAGCCAGGGUGGUUUCCAUGGACUCCUUGUUUGCCUGUGUAUGGCAACACACUUCCUGUUUCUUUGUGUGUCUCAUAAUUGUCUUGUGAUUGAAUUGUCUUGUGUCUCAUAAUUGUCUUGUGAUUGAAAAUUGGACAUUUUAAAUAAUAGGAUGUAGCAACUCUGGGAAUCAGACUGUUCAGUGUCUGAUGAAUUCUGUAAAGUCUGUGUUCUUUGUCGUGCUUGGCCAUGAGGUCUCUGCUGGGUCAGCCUACUGGCCAGCCGAUGAUGGACAGAGGUUCCCUUGAAUGGCCACAAGCUGUGGGUUUGUGGUGGGGGUGGGGCACCGUCACUCCGCCAGGCAGUGCCAACUCUGCCUUACCUCCUCCUCCCGCCUGUGCAGAGCUUCACGGUCAGCCAGAGGUGAGGGCUUUGGGGUCUUGGUCAGCCUCUGGUCUGCCCAGCGGGUAUCCCACCAGGCAGCCGCAUCAUUAAACAACACGCUGAUAUCUCUGCUAACCCGCACCGAGCACCCAGGAGGCG